UAUGCAUUAUACAAAUGUUCAUACUCAAUCCCCCUCCGUAUCUGAAUAGAAGGGGGAGAAGCAGAGUUUUAUGUAAUCUCUGUGCAUGUAUUUAGCUCAUAAACCAGCUGGAAGCAUAAAACGACCACAUAAAGACAUAACGUGUUGCAAAGUUUGAGAAAACAUGGUUGGGACAACUUUAAACCCGUGUGUCGCUUUCGACUCGUCCUUAUUAACAAAGGCAUGGGACGAAGAAGAAGUAAAGACAGUGUCCCAGGAAGUUGUCGCUCGUGGCUUGGGUGGCGUGAAAAAUGCGAAAGAUAGAACUGGAUUGCUAUUGAAGGCUGUGUCCUGCAUUGAUUUAACUACUCUCGCCGGAGAUGAUACGGAGAAGAGAGUGUCAGAACUUUGUGCCAAAGCUGUAAAGCCUGUUAGCCAGGACGUUUUGACAAAACUUGGGACAGAUUCCACAAGUCUAACGUGUGGCGCAGUGUGCGUAUACCCUGCCCGAGUUGGAGAUGCUGUCAAGGCUUUAAGCAAAUUGGGAGUACCUCUUCCGGUAGCGUCUGUCGCCACAGGGUUUCCGUCUGGACAAACGUUCCUUAGCGUAAAAAUUUUGGAGAUUAAAGAAGCCGUUGCUGCUGGAGCAACGGAAAUUGAUAUUGUCAUUAGUCGACCUUUGGCCCUUGCAGAAGAUUGGGUUGCGCUUUAUGAAGAAAUUAAACAGUUUCGUACCGCAGUGGGGUCAGGGGCUCACAUGAAAACUAUUCUCGCCGUGGGAGAAUUAACAUCCUUCACAAUGGUUUACAAAGCUUCAAUGGUGGCGAUGAUGGCUGGAUCUGAUUUUAUCAAAACUUCCACUGGGAAAGAAGCUGUGAAUGCAACUAUUCCAGUCGGAUAUGUUAUGAGCAUGGCGAUCAAGGACUUUUUUGCAAAGACUGGAAAUCAAGUUGGUCUUAAGCCUGCUGGAGGAUUAAAAUCUGCUCAAGAUGCGCUGGACUGGCUAGUUUUGGUGAAAGAGGUUUUAGGAGAAGGAUGGUUAAAUGAAAAAUUAUUCCGGAUUGGGGCAUCCAGUUUGUUGGGGGACGUGGAACGGGAACUUUAUAAACAAGCGUUUGGAAAAUAUCCAUAAAUCAAGACGAAAUAUUACAAAUUAUUGGCUAUUCCAGAAGUGGUUUCGCAUUUCAUAAAAUAUUAUAUUUUAUUAUUUGGAAGCUUGUAAUAAAUUGUUCAUGUCCAUUAGAAAAUUGUA